GUAGAAUUGAAAGUAGAAUUAUUCCACACCACACCACACUAUUCUAACUCUCAGUAUAAGAGUGAAACGGAAACAGCUGAGACGAUAACGGUAUAUUAAUUUCAAAUCAGUCGAAACAGAUAAUUUAUUGCAUGUGUAUAUAAUUAUUUAUAAAUACUUAUAAUAUAAAUAUUAGUUUAGUUUGUCCGUAACCUCCAAACCAAAAAGAGCAACAACCAACAAUAUGGUUAACCCAGAACCAGGCUACGCUAGCCCACUAGAUGCUAUGAAAAAUGCACCAAGGGAAAAAAUACUGUACGUAAUUUGCAUUAAUACCAAUGAAGGUGAUGAUAAAUUCGACCUUUUGGCCACUGUUGACGUUGAUCCACAGUCUCCAACAUAUUGUCAGAUUAUCCACCGUCUAAGAACUGGUAACAAAAACGAUGAGCUUCACCACUCUGGAUGGAACGUUUGCUCCAGCUGUCACUCAUCCACAGGAUGCAAAAAUGCUCCUGCUAGGGACAAACUGAUUUUACCAGCACUAGGCUCUGACAGAAUAUUUGUUGUUGAUACUGGAAAAAAUCCAAGAGCUCCAGAAUUUCACAAGGUUAUUGACGCUUCAGAAAUGCGCAAUUUUAACUGUAGAGUACCUCAUACAACUCAUUGUCUAUCGACUGGAGAUAUUAUGAUUUCUGUAAUGGGAGAUAAUGAUGAUAAUGGUAAAUGUGAUUUUAUUCUUGUGGACAGCAAGAGCUUGAAGGUCAAAGGAACAUGGAUCAAAGGUAACAAAGCACCAAAGUUCAACUACGAUUUCUGGUACCAACCCUACCAUGACAUAAUGGUAUCUAGUGAAUGGGGAGCUCCAAGAUUAUUCAAACACGGUUUUGAUCCAUCUCAUGCAACAGACAUAGACAAAUACGGACGAAGCAUAAACUUCUUCUCCUGGAAAACACAUGAACUAAUUCAAACGAUUGAUUUGGGUGAGGAAGGAAUUUGUCCGUUGGAAGUGAGAUUUUUGCAUAAUCCUAAGGAAGCGCAAGGAUAUGUGGGUUGCGCUGUUAACGCCAAUGUUUACAGAUUCCAUCUGAAACCCGACGGCAAAUGGACUGCUGAUAAAGUCAUUGACGUACCAGCCAAAAAAAUUUCAGGAUGGGAAGGAAUGGAUUAUUUACCAGGAAUGAUCACCGACAUUUUAAUAUCUUUGGACGACAAAUACUUAUAUUUCAGCAACUGGUUACAUGGAGACGUUAGACAAUAUGAUAUUACGGAUAGGGCUCAUCCAAAACUAACAGGACAGGUAUUCGUUGGAGGUAAAGUACUAUCAGAUUCAGCUUAUAAAGUACUAGAAGACACUGAACUUAAAUCACAGCCCGACCCUGUCUUUAUUAAGGGUAAACGUGUCACCGGAGGUCCUCAAAUGAUCCAACUUUCUCAAGACGGGAAGAGAUUGUACGUUACUUCGAGUCUCCUAUCUGCUUGGGAUAGACAAUUCUACCCUGAUUUGGAAAAAAAGGGUAGCAGAAUGGUGAAGAUAGACAUCGAUACGGAAAAUGGGGGCAUGAAGUUAGAUGAGAAUUUCUUGAUUGAUUUCGCGGAGGGCCCAGAUGGACCACUACUCGCUCAUGAGACAAGAUAUCCUGGAGGAGACUGCACUUCGGAUAUUUGGCUCGCUACAGAUUAAAGCAACAGUUGAAACAAUACAUAAAAAAAACCCUUAAAUAUUGUUAAGUUAAGAAACUUUAAAAAAUAUAAGAAGAUUGUAAAUGAUGUAUUUUCUAUGAUAUAGAUACGUUUUUAUUGAAAGAAUUUCAUUAUUUAUUAAACUCUGGAGCAUUCUUA